CCGUAAAGUAUUUUUUGCGCUUUGUUUCCAUCCAAGAUGGCGGAAGGAACAGACGUUUUGCCUCCCGAGUCAAGCAGUCGAGAGGCGCUUGCCGAAGGCCUCAUGCACUUAUUCAAACCGGCAAUCGAAGAGCUAGAUACUAAAGUUCACUCAGUCAGACAGAGUCAAGUGGAAGUCAGAUCGCAAAUUGACAAAUUAUCAGAAGAGUUACACAGGCUUUCAGAGCUACAAGAUAUACCUGUAGAUCUAGACGUCUAUGUCAAGAAAUUGAUGAACUCGAGGAGGAAAAUUAUGCUAGUGAAUAACAUCCUACAAAAUGCGCAGGAACGACUUGGGAGACUCCAUUUAAAUGUCACUAAAGAAACUGCCAAACGAAAAGCACUGUUGGAUCCGCCUCCAGUCAAAUAGUUUGUCUGUGUUAAGUGCUGGACUCCGUUUCCCUCUCCCCUUCUUGGCUUCAUUGUAAUUUGACCUAGAGGAUUCCAGGACUAUAGGAAAGCUUGGGUUGAUAGUAAUUACAGUGGGUGGUGGUUAAAAAAUUAUAAAUGUGGUCCUGGCUCUGUCAACGACAGAGAGUAGCAUUUGUCCACCAAGCAAUUAAUUGUGAUGCAUCAUCUGAAGAAAUGCUUUUGGCUGAAAACAUUACAGUUAAAUACUUCUUCAUAAAAACAUGACCUUAAAA